CAACCUGCUGCCGCUGCGGCCCGGCCGAGCGGAGAGCACCACACGCAGAGCACACGCUCGCGCUCAGCUCCCCUCCGGGGCGGUUCAUGAGCGCGCGCUCCGACCGCAGCCUCCGCGAGCCCGCGCCGCACCGCCGCGGCCCGCCGUCGCCAGGGCCCCCCGGGGGAAGGAAGGCAGGAAGGCCGGCGCGGCCGUACGCCCCGUGGAGCCCGCCACCCCUGCCCGCAGCCGGUUGCCCGGCCCGCCUGGCACCAUGCUGCCCGCGCGCUGCGCCCGCCUGCUCGCGCCCCACUUGCUGCUCGUGCUGGUGCAGCUGUCCCCGGCUCGCGGCCACCGCACCACGGGCCCCAGGUUUCUCAUAAGUGACCGUGACCCUCAGUGCAACCUCCACUGCUCCAGGACUCAACCCAAACCUAUCUGUGCCUCUGACGGCAGGUCCUACGAGUCCAUGUGUGAGUACCAGCGAGCCAAGUGCCGAGACCCAACCCUGGGUGUGGUACAUCGAGGUAGAUGCAAAGACGCUGGCCAGAGCAAGUGUCGCCUGGAGCGGGCUCAGGCCCUCGAGCAAGCCAAGAAGCCCCAGGAGGCGGUGUUUGUCCCGGAGUGCAGCGAGGAUGGCUCCUUUACCCAGGUGCAGUGCCAUACUUACACGGGGUACUGCUGGUGCGUCACCCCAGAUGGGAAGCCCAUCAGUGGCUCUUCUGUGCAGAAUAAAACUCCUGUAUGUUCAGGUUCAGUCACCGAUAAGCCUGUGAGCCAGGGUAACUCAGGAAGGAAAGAUGACGGGUCUAAGCCGACACCCACGAUGGAGACCCAGCCGGUGUUCGAUGGAGAUGAAAUCACAGCGCCCACUCUCUGGAUUAAGCACUUGGUAAUCAAGGACUCCAAACUGAACAAUACCAAUGUAAGAAAUUCAGAGAAAGUUCACUCUUGUGACCAGGAGAGACAGAGUGCCCUGGAAGAGGCCCAGCAGAACCCCCGCGAGGGCAUUGUCAUCCCCGAGUGUGCCCCUGGGGGGCUCUAUAAGCCAGUGCAGUGCCACCAAUCCACUGGCUACUGCUGGUGUGUGCUGGUGGACACGGGGCGUCCGCUGCCUGGGACCUCCACACGCUACGUGAUGCCCAGUUGUGAGAGUGACGCCAGGGCCAAGAGUGCGGAGGUGGACGACCCCUUCAAGGACAGGGAGCUGCCAGGCUGUCCAGAAGGGAAGAAAAUGGAAUUUAUCACCAGCCUACUGGAUGCUCUCACCACUGAUAUGGUGCAGGCCAUUAACUCAGCAGCACCCACUGGAGGUGGGAGGUUCUCAGAGCCAGACCCCAGCCACACCCUGGAGGAGCGAGUGGUGCACUGGUACUUCAGCCAGCUGGACAGCAACAGCAGCGACGACAUUAACAAGAGGGAAAUGAAGCCCUUCAAGCGCUACGUGAAGAAGAAAGCCAAGCCCAAGAAAUGCGCCCGGCGUUUCACCGACUACUGUGACCUGAACAAGGACAAGGUCAUCUCACUUCCCGAGCUGAAGGGCUGCCUGGGUGUUAGCAAAGAAGGACGCCUCAUCUAAGGAGCAGAAAACCAAAGGGCAGGUGGAGAGACCAGGGAGGCAGGAUGGAUCACCAGACACCUGACCUUGGACGCUGUCCACAGCCCAGCCACAUCCCAUGUAACAUGAGUGGUGCCCACCGUGUUUGCACUUUUAAUAACUCUUACUUGUGUGUUUUCUUUUUGGUUUCAUUUUUAAACACCAAUAUCUAAUACCGUGGUGGGAAAAGGAAAGGGAAGAAAGACUGUUCAUUCUCUUUUAUUGUUAAGGUUUUGGAUCUGCUACUGACAACUUUUAGGGUUCUGAGCGGGUGAGGGUCUUGUUGGGACUGAGAAGAAAGAGAUUUAUAUACUGUAUAUAAAUAUAUAUGUAAAUUGUAUAGUUCUUUUGUA